ACCCGGAUGCUGCAGGACUUUUACGCUGAAGUGUGUUAGCUAGGCUAGCUUAUUAGCUGCUGAAGCUCAAUGUGACUUUUCUGCUUCUGUCUCUAAAUCCUGCGAUUAAAAUGUUUCUCACCGCCGCUAAUCUUGCCAAGGCUAAGUCUAAGACCCUCCUGGUUCAGAUGGUGAGUGCAGCUGGAACAGGCUACUGCUUCAACACAAAGAGAGGACGACUGAGAGAAAAGCUGGUCCUGAGGAAGCAUGACCCCUUUGUGAACAAGCACGUUCUUUUCUUUGAGAAGAAGAAGAUCCGCUCCAUCUGAGCGCGGUCGGCACGUGGACCGGUGAAAUGGACACUGGAAAGAAACACAGUCUCUUUGUGCUUAAACCUGGAGCUCAUUUGCAUUGUUCCAAAUUGUUGCCAAGGACCGGAUCUAUGAGUAAGAGCUCGAGGAAGCUGACCAACGUCAGACGCAUCAAAAGGGUCACAAUACCAUCGAGAAUGACAAGAAGUCCCACUGGAACCAGAGGAUGCGUAUCCAUCCACAACAUAAUUACUACUAACAGAAAGAAUACUGCAGUGGUCAUUACUGUGGGAAGCUAUGAACCAGCAGUGCGUCUUGCCAGGAUGUUGCAGAUGUUAAACUAUUCAGUAAAAUAAAAAUGUGAUGUUUGUUAAAAUAGAAGUUGGAUGUAUGUAAUGUCAGUUGAUUAAACUUAUUCAAACCUAA